AUGAAAGACGCAUGCGACAUGAUCGACAAGUCACUUCAAGAAGGUCGCGGUGUUCUAGUACAUUGCGGUCUCGGAAUUAGUAGAUCUGGGACGAUCGUCUUGGGAUACGUGAUGCGGGAAAAGAAUCUCAAUCGAGAACAAGCUCUGUUGUUCGUGCGCGCAAAGAGAUCGCGCGUGUAUCCCAAUACGGGGUUUUGGGAGCAGCUGGGCAUAUGGCAUGAAUGUCACUAUGCUGUGUCUGAGUUUAUCGGAGGUGUUAAUUCGGAAUUCGAUGGCUAUCGGGAGUGGAAGAUCAAGGCUGGAGUAGAGAUGAGUAAGAGGGUGCUCAUACUCAAUGAUGUCGAUGUCCAAUCAGGGGAGAAGAUUUGA